GGUACUGUACUGUUGCACAGCGGGGCAGCGACGGAGAUGACAGGCAAGAUCAACUGAGGUGCUCAGUUCACCCAGCCUUGCUAAGGUAGGUCAGGUACUAGUAGGUAGUUAGGUACAGUACCUAGGCACCCGUACUUUUAUUUUCAGUCCAUCGCGGAUCACGGCAAGAAGACAGGAAAAGGGACAGGAGAUGGGCAUAUGUUCCAGGAAAAGCACGGCCUCCUCAAGUUCAAGUUGUUCUCUACACAGUACAUUAAUGCAUCCAUACGUCGUGCCAACCCCCCUCCUCCUGCAAUCCCAUUUCCCAGCGCUCUUGACACCGGAAUCCAGGAUAUCUAGGGAGGUAGUUUAUACCAUGUCGUGCUGCUGCCCAACCAUCUCAGGUGGCCAUGGCAUGUUUGUAAGUCGAAGGGGGAACUCUCGUCCGAUGUACUGUAUCAGGCGAGGAGAUCGCCGCGAUCUGCAUCACAUCAACAAUGCAAUCGAGGUCUAUCGACAGUUCUCGUGUAUGUAUGUCGGUACUCAGGGAAUACAUUCUUACGACCUUGACCCGCACCAUAUCAUAGCUGAAACCACAAGGUCCCCACACUGGAAUCAGGAAAGGAAUCCCAAAAAUUCCAUCCUUUGUGGGGUUGAACGAGUUGAACCUUGCAGAACCCCUUCGGAAACCGGGCCCGGGCGAUGUGAUAUCGAGUAUGUGGGCAAGCCAUGUACUUGUACUUGUAUUCCAGCGUCGGUUAGCUUUCCAAAGGCUAGGUAAUCAUCAUGGGCUGCCCCAUGGGGAAUCCCUUGAUCUAGGGGUUUGGUGGUGUGGAGAACGAUCUCCUACCUAGUGUACGUCGGUGUACGCGGGCCACAGGAAGAUCAACAUGUGAACUUCGAUCUCUACCAGCAUGACGAAUCAGCAAAGAGGCCAAGAUGGAGAUAGGAUUCAGACUCAAAAGUACUUCAGGUCACCAUUUGUACGAGAAGGUUUGUGGCUUGAUGUCAUAUCUAUGUACUAAACCGGGGCGGAUGACUGAAG